CCAUUGGGUUGCCCAUCACGUUGGUUCCGCCAGCACCUGCGCGAAGUAUGGUGAUGUGACUUUUAAACUAAACCAUCGCCUUCAAACCGUGGUCUUAGCCUACGUUUUCGGAGUUAAUUACUGUAAAUGAAUACUGUUACAAUAAGUCAUUUCCUCCUAGUAAUCCGCACAACAAGCAGUCUUAAAAAAAUAGGAGGGGAGGAAACAACACUGUCCCGAGUUGCUUUGCGAAUUAUUCACAUUAUGCAGAGUUUCCCGCGAUACUUUGAGAAUCCAUGCUGUCCUAGUUCUAAUUAACUGGGGUAUAUUUUGUUUUGGAAUAUUUCAUUAAAGCAAGGCACAUACUUUGGUGUUUUUCUGUAAAGAAAGGGCUGUUUUCUGCUUGUUAAUUAUGUUAUUUUACUCCUUCUUCAAAUCCCUAGUGGGAAAGGAUGUGGUGGUUGAGCUGAAAAAUGAUCUGAGUAUCUGUGGUACUCUGCAUUCUGUUGAUCAGUACCUAAACAUCAAGCUGAGUGAUAUCAGUGUUACAGACCCAGAGAAGUAUCCACAUAUGGUGAGUCUACAAAUUAUAGGGAUUUUUUUUCCCAAAGUUUUCAGAUGUGCUGUUAUAGUGGAUGAUAUUCUAGUAGAAGGUAAUGGUGAAGCUGAGCAUGACAGAAACCUCAGGAAAGUUUUGGAAGGAGCACGUGAUGUGAAUCUUAAGCUGAAUCCUGAAAAGUACAAAAUCAGGCUACGAUAA